AUGUGUUGGAAUCUUGAAGUUUCACUUGGAUUUGCUGGUAUUCAUCUUUUAGCAGCUAUAUAUGUAGCAUGGCAUCGUCCACCUUAUUCACAAUGUUUUCUUUUAUUUAUAUUAUUUUAUUUUUUUAUGGAAUUAUUACAAGCACUUCAAUGGUUUAUUGGAGUUGAAUCAUAUCUUAAUCAAUCAUGUUCAAAGACAAAUACAUUUCUAACUAUAAUUGCUUAUAUAUUUAUAUGGUUACAACCAAUAAUGUUUGUUUCAUUUGCAAAUAAAAAUAAUAAUCGUUUUGCAUGGUAUUAUUCUUUACAUACUCUUAUGAUUGCUAUGAUUAAUUUAAUUGUUGGUUUUUAUGAAAAAGCAACUGGCUUAGAAAUGAUGAAACGUAAUGAAAAAACAAAUUAUGGAAUAUAUACAUGUACUUAUCAAGGUAAAGAUAAUCAUCUUGUAUGGAAAUUUGCUGUUUCAUCAUUUAAUUAUCAACCUACACAUUAUGAUUAUUUUUCAAUCAUAUUAUUAACUUUUAUUUUACAUUAUAAUCGAACACUUCAAUCAACAAUUGCUGCUGGAUGGAUGAUAACAUAUUUUGUUAGUUUAUGGAAUAUCGGAGAUGUUAAUGCUGAAUUAACUUCUUAUUGGUGUUUAAUAAGUGUUUUUGCUGAUAUUCCUAUUAUUAUUUAUACAAUGAUACAUGCAAAUAAAAAAAACAAACAGAAUAUUGAUUAA